AAAAAUCGUCGCAGUUGUCUGUCUGAACCGUGGAGGAUUCCGGUCGAUCAUCCUCACUGGUUCUCCAGCUCAGACUCGUUGGCAGCCAUUAAAUGGAAUCCUGACUUCACUAGCUUUAGUUGUACUGCGUUUUACCGUUCUAAUGGUAUUGUUGGCGUUCGAGUUAAUGAAAUUGGCGUUAUUUCAGUUUAUAUAUCACCGAAUCGGCCCAUUAAUGACUUCUUAGUUUUUACUGACAGACUUUGCGAUGCCAUUGGAUCGGCUGGUUGCCCCGUCGUUGUAUGCGGGGAUUUUAACUCGCACUCGGUUUUGUGGGGAUCCCCUACUACCAACAGAAGGGGAGAGAUACUGGGUAGCUUAGCUGACCAGUUUGAUCUGGUCCUUUGUAAUGUGGGUACUAGAUUUACAUGUGUCCGGCCCCAGGGAUCAUCCAUCGUGGAUCUAACGUGGGCCUCUGCGUCGUUUGCCGAUCGUGUGAGAAAUUGGUGCGUGCUGCGUGACAUGGAAACUCUCUCAGAUCACAGACUGAUAUCCUUUUCGAUUUGUAGGGAUAUGGCGAGUAGUGUAGUAACUAAGGAUACUUACCCUCGUUGGUCCUUAAUUGGUUUGGAUGCGGAGCUCCUAAGCUCCACCUUUAACUUCCUUAGCUCUGGGAUGAACUGCGAGGCCUCUCCCGACAGUCUGGCUGCGGACAUCCGGGACUGAAUCUCGGAUUC